AUGGAAAAGCUGCUGAACACGGAAUUUGGCGACGUCGAGCUGGUGGUCGGAAAUCGCAAGUUUACGGCGUACAAGGGCAUUCUGGCCGCUCGAAGCACCGUGUUUGCGGACAUGUUCCAGGGUCGGGGCAAGCGUUUCAAAGUGGACGACAUGGAGCCGGCAGUGUUUGCCGAGUUUCUGCGAUACAUCUACACCGACCAAGUGUCCGAUUUGGACGGUAUGAAGUUCGGCUUGUUUUCAGCUGGCUUCCGAUACAACAUCGGAUCGCUCAUGCGGCUCUGUCAGGACGCGAUUCUGGAGUCGCUUUCGCUGGACAAUGUCGCGGACGCACUCAAGCUGGGAGCAACGUGUGGGGAUCUUGAACUGAAGCAUCGAGCGCUGGCGUUCAUAUGGACAGGGCCAAUGGGGCUAACGAAGACUCGUGGCUGGAAGGAGCUGGUUGUUACCCAUCCACAGCUGGUUGAUGAGGCACUUGAGGUGCUUGUCAAGAAACUUUCCCUACGCACUGAAACUAUUGAGUAA